AUGAGUGCUCUCGGUAGCUCAUCUGGCCCUUUAGAGCCCCAGUGUUCUCCGCCAGGACAGGGUGACGAGCUUCUUGGCAUUCGCCGACACUAUAGCCCGGAUGCGACACUUUUACUCGUCGGGCUUUUCGGUGCCGGGAAGAAGACACUCGGUAUCAUCGCAUCGGUCGCCUUACGAAGGCGCUUCAUUGACUUUGACGCCUUUUUCAAACACGAAGUGGAAUCAUCGCCCCAAGAGUUCAUAGCCCGCCAUGGCCUAGCAAGAUAUCGCGAGGUUGAACUGCAAAUAUCGAAAGAUCUUCUCACCAAAUGCGACAAGGGUUGCGUGAUUGUUGGUCUCGGGGGCACCGCUAGUCCUCCCCAACGGACGCUGUUAAAUGAAUUUGGUGAACGACAUCCCAUUAUUUAUGUACGAAGAGACGAGACCGAUCUGCAGCAGCUCUCCGGUACCAGCCGAGACAAAUUCAACCGCAUACUGGAUAUCAUGAACAUGUUUUUCCACUCCUGCUCCAACUUCGACUUCUUCAAUCACACCCAAAGCGACGCUCAAAGUGACCCGACACUGCCCGGCUAUCUCAAGCUAAAGGAGACUGAGAGAGUAUUUGUGGCAUUCCUGCACAAGAUAUUUGGCAGAGAUGAUCGUCAAGUGUUUUCAUCUGACCCAUUUUCAAUGUCGCAUACAUAUUCCUUGCAGGUCCCUCUGAGCUACCUGGAUCAAUCAGAGCCUAACCUGGAAUCCCUCGAGUCUGGUGCUGAUGCCAUUACGCUGGUUAUUGGACCUGAUGAUAUCCACUCAGCCAGACUGAUUGACAAACUUGUACGCCACAUCGCGACAUUGCGAAAGCAUUCACGGGUGCCCAUUAUUGUCGAUGUGGCAGUAUCACCUUCAAUACAGCCGGCUUUCAAUUACCACAAGACCUUAGUAACCAUACUUCGCCUGGCCCCGGAUGCCCUCACCUGCUGUCUAGAAUAUGAUAACGAUUUCAUUUCCAAGCUCAAUUUGGCGAAGGGUUGCACCAAGAUCAUUGGCACACUUCAUGAACCCAGGCCCGUUGGAUCGGAGCAUCGAUCUUCCAUGUCUUCAACGCUCUUUAAACUGCCUGGGGUUUCGAGGUGCGAUGCUAUACGUGUCACUGGUCAGACGACAUCUCCGGAUCAGAACUAUACCUGUGUCUCUUUCUUGCAAGAUAUGUCAAGGACUUUGGGUAUCCCCAUUUCCGCAUACAAUAAUGGACCAAUGGGGCGGAGCUCAAUUUGCUUGAACCGUACCUUGUCCCCGGUUGUACUCCCGUCCUUGCAGGAGAUGGGCAUCUCAAUAAAAGAAGCACAAUGUGCAUUGACUGCAUGCUUUUUGCAGUCGAGGAAAAUAUUCACAAUCUUUGGGCAAAGUGUGAAGUACAGCCUUUCAGCUGCGAUGCAUAACACUGCCUACACAGCAUGUGGCCUGCCGCAUGUCUACAAUAUCCUUCAAAGCGAAACCCUAUCGGAUGUCCAUCAACUCUUAAUGGAUGAAAAUCAUGGUGGGGUGACCGUCUCUCUACCAUACAAAUCUGCAAUCCUAUCCUUGCUUGAUGAGGUUAGCUCCGAUGCAAAGGAUAUCAACGCCGUGAAUACCGUAGUACUGGAACACAAGCAACUUCUCAGUGGCGAAAGAGUUACAAUUCGGCGAGGCUAUAAUACAGAUUACAUUGGUAUCAGAGACUGCAUUGACAAGCAUCUCUCUCCCGCGAAUGCAGUCCGGGAGGGAGCCACGGCUCUUAUCAUCGGUGCUGGCGGAAUGGCCCGCGCCGCGAUCUAUGCAUGCUAUGAGCUUGGAGUUCGAAGAAUGUGCAUCUACAACAGAACAGUGGAGAAUGCACGAAAGCUUGCAACCUACUACCAUCAAUGGGCACAGUCAAAAUCUGGCCUGAACUUACGACUUGAUGUGCUCUGCUCGACAGCGGACCCUUGGCCUUCGGAUUGUCGCUUACCAACAAUCAUUACCUCCUGUAUCCCACCAAAUGAGCUUGGGAGUGAACGUCCGAUAGAUAUGAUCCUUUCGGAACAGUGGCUUGGAAGCCGAACAGGUGGCGUAUUUCUUGAGGUUGGAUAUGGUCCGUCACGAACUCGACUGAUGGAGCAAAUUAUCCCCCGUGCACCUAAAGGGUGGGUAGUAGUGGAUGGACUGACGGUUCUGGUUGAGCAGGGCAUUACUCAGUACGAGAUUUUCACCAAACGACCGGCUCCAGUUCAUGUGAUGCGGCGUGCCAUUCGAGAACAGUCUAUUCAGCAUGGAUUUUUUCAUAAAUAA